GGCUAUAGCUGCGGGUCGGGCCUCUGUGCCGCGCGGUGGGCAGGGCUCUUGCCGGUGUCCGGGCCGUGCGGCUCAGCGGGGAGCUCGGCAUGGUGGCUGGGCCUGGGGCGUGCCUCGCUUGCUGCCGUUGCCUGUCCUUGGUGCGGAGCGCCUCGCUAGCGCCUGACGUGAGGCUGCUGGGCAGGAUCUUUCUCCCGAUGGCAUCUUUUGGCUGGAAGAGAAAGAUCGGCGAGAAGGUCUCCAGAGCCACUUCCCAGCAGUUUGAAGCAGAGGCUGCGGAUGAGAAGGCUCCGGGUGGUGAUGAAGAUGAGGACUGGGUGCACGCUGCGAAGAGAAGGAAGGAAGUUCUCCUCGAAGACUGCGUAAAGAAGAGCAAACAGCUGAAAGACGAGGGGGCAAGUUUGGCUGAAAAUAGGAGUCUCAUAUCGGUGUGUUUGCUUAACAAGAAGUGAUGGGGAGAGAUGACUGAUUGCAUCUGAAAUUUCAGAGGGUAAAUAGAAUAUUGUGAGGUAAGUCGUACUGUAAAUAAUGCUUCAGCUGCUCAGGGAGCUCUGUCCUGUCCUGUAAAUGUAUCGUAAUCUCACUUUAAUGUUAGAGUAAGCGUGUUUAUACGUGCACAGUGUGUAUGUGACUAGGGAAAUAGUGCACAGCAAUUAAUGUGCUGUAAUUUGUCUAAUUCUUGUGGCAAGUGAGGUUCAAGUAGACACUCUGUGUGCUUCCUGAUAGUAUUAGUCGGGACUCAAACAGGAUUUUUUUGAAAGAGUAUUUCAUAAAUUGUUCCUGAUACACUUCAAGCAGGAUGUAACUUUGGAGUAGAGGAUGAACAGAAGCAGAAUGAGACACUAAAUUGUGUUUCAAAACUCCACAGUUUGCUUAGAUCUUCUCUAGAGGAGAGAAAAACACAGUUCUAAUAAUAGUUCCCUUAAAAACGUCAGGAUACUUGGUAUCUAAAUCUGAGUUCUGCAGUAGUUGUAUGGACAUCUGUUUAUUCACUGUUCCAGAUCAGCAGUGAUCUGGAAUUACUUCCUGACAGAAUUUCGUAAGAAGUCAGUAUGUAUUU